AGCAUCCCGAAGGGUAUUUAAGGCUCGCAAACGCGAGGCUGCGGAGAUACUUCGGGCAGCCGCGACUUCGGCCUCGCGACUCGCAUUUUCUCCUUGGGAAUUUCGUUUUCCUCUCUCCUCUCUCCCUUGGCCACCCCUUUUGCACUGCACUCUCGUGGUCUCUCUCAGCCCUUUCACCUGGAACUGAAUCCAGGUGGGAAGCAGGUCGGCGUGAGGAAAGACACCGAAUAGGUAGAAAUAAGGCAAACUAACAGAGGCGCAACAGGUCCGGUGCUCUGCGGCGAGGGCGAGCGGCGGCCCCUCGCAGCGCCUUGGCCGCUGUCUCUUGGACCCCGCGCGGCCGCUCUCCUCAGAGGAGGACCCCGUCCUUUGAGGGGCCAGGAGGGACACCCGGGUGGGUUUCAUUCCGGAUUUUAGCUUAUUGCCACCAGUCACCGGACUGAGGGUGCUUUUCACUCGCAGCUGGGAGGGGAGAAGAAAGCGGAGGAUGGUCCACGUCUGCGGGUCUCGGCGCUGAUCCAUCGCCGCGCCCCGGCUCCGACUCCGCCAACUAGUUGUGCAGCCACCGGGACUGAACUUUGGAGGAAACGUCCUUUUUCUUUCUUUUACGAUUAUUGGAGGUGGUAGAGGGUGGGAGGCAAAGCCGAGACAGCCGACCCCGCCACGAUGCUGGUGAAGAAGCAAGCAGGGAAAGGAGGGGGGCGGGAGCCGGGCUCUGAGGACCGGAGCCCAGCCGGGCAGCGUUGUGCCCGGACCGUGUCCCCGUGCGCCGCCCUGGCCGCCCUCCUGUCAGUAGUGGCCGUGAUAUCUUGUCUGUACCUGGGGGUGAAAACCAACGACCUCCAGGCGAGGAUCGCCGCCCUCGAAUCCGCCAAAGGAGACCCUUCCAUCCGUCUGCUGCCUGAUUGUCUGGAUCAGCUCAAAGCAAUGGUGCAAGAGAAAGUGGAGCGACUUCUGGCUCAGAAAUCCUAUGAACAUAUGGCUAAAAUAAGAAUCGCAAGAGAAGCACCUUCAGAGUGCAACUGCCCAGCAGGGCCUCCGGGGAAACGAGGUAAAAGGGGCCGAAGAGGAGAAUCUGGUCCUCCUGGUCAGCCUGGUCCUGAGGGCCCUCCUGGUCCAAAAGGUGAUAAGGGAGAACAGGGUGAUCAGGGACCUCGGAUGGUGUUUCCUAAAAUCAAUCAUGGGUUUCUCUCUGCUGAUCAGCAGCUCAUUAAACGCCGCCUGAUUAAGGGUGACCAAGGACAGGCUGGGCCUCCAGGCCCUCCAGGCCCUCCAGGCCCACGAGGGCCUCCUGGGGACACAGGGAAAGAUGGCCCCCGCGGAAUGCCAGGAGUGCCUGGUGAACCAGGGAAACCGGGAGAGCAAGGCUUGAUGGGUCCUCUGGGGCCUCCAGGACAAAAGGGUUCUGUUGGAGCACCCGGAAUUCCAGGGAUGAAUGGGCAAAAGGGUGAACCCGGGUUGCCUGGAGCAGUAGGACAGAAUGGAAUACCAGGGCCAAAGGGACAACCUGGAGAACGAGGAGAAAAGGGAGAUGCUGGAGAGAAUGGCCCCAAAGGUGAUACAGGUGAAAAGGGUGACCCUGGAUCAUCCGCUGCAGGAAUUAAGGGAGAGCCCGGAGAAUCUGGUCGUCCAGGGCAAAAGGGUGAACCAGGGCUUCCUGGGCUUCCUGGACUUCCGGGGAUAAAGGGAGAACCAGGUUUCAUUGGUCCUCAAGGAGAACCAGGCUUACCAGGGUUACCAGGAACAAAGGGCGACCGUGGGGAAGCAGGGCAUCCUGGAAGAGGGGAUCGAGGGGAGCCUGGAGCCCCUGGGCCAAAGGGGAAACAAGGUGAAUCAGGAACUAGAGGCCCAAAGGGGUCAAAGGGUGACCGUGGAGACAAAGGGGACUCUGGAGCCCUGGGACCAAGGGGUCCACCUGGUCAAAAGGGAGAUCAAGGAGCCACCGAGAUCAUAGACUACAACGGCAACCUCCACGAAGCCUUGCAGAGGAUUACCACCUUAACAGUCACGGGUCCCCCUGGACCACCUGGACCUCAAGGACUACAAGGGCCAAAGGGAGAGCCAGGAUCUCCAGGAGUCCCAGGAGUUGAUGGAGAGCAGGGACUCAAAGGUUCAAAGGGAGACAUGGGGGACCCAGGUAUGCCAGGUGAAAAAGGAGGAAUUGGACUUCCUGGAUUACCGGGUGCCAAUGGAAUGAAAGGAGAAAAAGGAGACUCGGGAUUGCCAGGUCCUCAGGGUCCUUCCAUCAUAGGCCCACCAGGCCCACCAGGUCCCCAUGGCCCACCAGGCCCCAUGGGACCCCAUGGACUUCCUGGACCAAAGGGUACAGAUGGCCCUAUGGGACCCCAUGGCCCUGCAGGUCCCAAAGGAGAAAGAGGUGAAAAAGGAGCUAUGGGAGAGCCGGGACCCCGAGGACCGUAUGGUCUUCCCGGGAAAGAUGGAGAGCCUGGUCUUGAUGGUUUCCCUGGUCCACGAGGCGAGAAGGGUGAUCUAGGAGAAAAGGGGGAAAAGGGAUUCCGUGGCGUUAAGGGGGAAAAAGGGGAGCCAGGCCAGCCUGGCCUGGAUGGGCUGGAUGCCCCUUGCCAAUUGGGGCCAGAUGGAUUACCCAUGCCCGGCUGUUGGCAAAAGUGAUGAAUCUAACCUUCCGAGCAUGAAGUUGUGUAUAUAAUGGUCCACUUUUUAUAUUUAUAGUUGAAAAUCGGAUUGCAGAUUUUACAAGUCUGAGAUAUGUUUACAUAUAGCUGCUUCUUCCUGUUUGCAGUAGUACACAUAUCCAUUUUUUCUUCCCUUACAUCUGAAAUUGGGCAAUAUGUGAAACCAGUGAGAAGCCUGCAAAAAAUAUAGAUCAGUAUCUCUUUAUCUUAUGUGAAGAUAUGUAUUUAUAUGGACAUAGCGAUAGAGAUUGAUUGUUCUUGCUAUUUUCUUACUCUGGGCUUGUUAAUUGCAUGGACAAAAAGUGCCAUGAGAUAGUUUACAUGAAAUUGUGACCAAAUAUGAACUCGAAGCUAUGAAAAUGUACUAUACUGACUGAUUUUAGAGUUUAUCGUCACAUCCCUACUCACCUUUGCUAUUCGUGGCCACACCACCCAUUGAAACUGACUAAAAAAGCAUGAUGGUGUGCCAAGCCUGCUUGCUGUGCGAACUCACAUGCUAGCAUGCUGCAUUAUGAGUCCUUUGAUCACAUCUGAACUUUUAUUUCUUUUGUCAUCUCAAGGGGGUUACACCAUGGCUCAUUGCCAAAAAGUGAUAAGGUGGCGGAGAGCAUACACACACAAAUGGUCUUGUAUUUUGAAAGGAGUUGCGGUCCCAACUGCAGAUCUUCAGCUUCCACUAUUGUGGGCUCACGUGGCCUCUUUGGUUGAAAUGUCCAGGGGCUGAGCUGGUUGCUGACACUAGUUUUCCUUGGGCUGCCCUUGGCAGUGAAGACAAAGAGAAAGGAUUGGUUCAGCCUCCUGCGCUGUGUCUCUCAUGUGACCAAGUAAGAAAGAGGUUUACAAAGGCAGGCACCCAAAAUAGAGGACUUUUUUAAAAAAAUAAACUGAAUUCCAGCAAGUGUUAACAUGGGUGCUUAUGGAAAA